UAAUUUAGUCUUAAGUGUGGGACCAUGCCUUUGAAUUGUCAAACUAUUAAAGAGUGUCAAGUAAUCAAAUCAACUAACAUGUUUACACAAUACUCAUAUCAAUCCCUCAUUGUCCAAUCAGAAGAUGCUCCAUAGCAGGGUGCUCAUAUCAGAUUUCUUGAUCCAACAUCCUCUCACUUUGUAUUUCUUACAGUCAGUAGACAUGGAGGAUGGGAAGCCUGAUCUGCUGCUAGUCAAAGAGGAGACAAUAGAAGAUGGACCAGAGAGUAUUGAUCUGCUGAGUGGACUAAAGAUGGGGGAGCAAGGUGGUUGGGUGGAGGCUAAAAGUGGACACUGGGCAUCCAUCUUGAAUUCCCAGACCGGUGCAGCCAAGAGCUCAGGGGACAACGUCACUGAGCAGGCCAGGACCAGAGGUGACAUAGUGGAGUCCAGUGGAUGGUACAGCGUCCUCCACUCUGGGCUGGGGAACAACACUGUUAACCACAACCAGAAACAGACUGACGAACACAAAACAACAACCAAACUGGCUGACAACAGACUAGCUGAGACCAGAACGAGGCGUAGAUUUUGUCAGUGGGGACGGCAGGACAGAACAGACACAGACUUGGCUAGCGAUGCUCCAUCCUGCUCCUAUAGUUGUGAUUCAGAGAGACUGAUGGCGCCUCAGCUUAACCCCCUAACAGUUGCUGCCUUCAGCCUGCCUUCUAUAGGAUCUAUCAACUGGAAUAUGGACCCUGCAACAACACAGACACUCCCUGGCAAUCCUCCUCACACUCUCCUAUUGUUAAACCAGACCUCAGACAAUGCCAGUGCCUCAACACUAAAUGGCUACACAAGACCAUUGACAAAUGACAGUAGUAGUAAUGGUAUCAGUAGAUCCAGUGACAAAGAGAAGCGCUUUCCGUGUCCAUUCUGUGGGAUAGCCUUCAGUUUCCCCAAACAGGUAGAGAUCCACCAGAGGAUGCACACAAAACCGUUUGGCUGCCACCUGUGCAGGGCCAGUUUCUCUGACUCGUCCAACCUGAAGAGACACCAGAGGGUCCACACAGGGGAGAAACCGUACAGCUGCCCCCAGUGUGAGAAGAGAUUCUCCCACCGGCACCAUCUGAAGAAUCACCUAAAGGUCCACACGGGAGAGAGGCCGUAGGCACUGUGGUAAGAGGUUCUCAGAGAGGAGCUACCUCAGGAUACACCAACAGAAAAUGCAUACGGCCCAUGUAUAGAGUAUAUUGACAUGUAAUGUAGUACUAGUUAGUUUGUAGUUAAUUCUGUUGGUUUUGGAUGUAUAUGGAACUAGAUGAGAUGAACUGAGGAAAUGAUGAGGCAGAGUAGUGAAGAUGAUGAACCUUUUACAGAGUAUUCUAAAAUGUAUUUUAUCAAAGUGAGGGUACCAGAUGUACAGAAAAGAUAUAGUGAUAACAGGGAGAAGUUAUUCUACUUGUCAUAGAUCGUUUUUUCAAGUAGGGAAGAGUAGAGUAAGUUGAACCAUUUUUUUACAUUCAGCAUCACUCUGUCAAGGCAAAUAUAGUAUUCUUUCUAACAAAUAUCUACAUAUACACUGAAGAAAAAUAUAAAUGCAACAUGUAAAAGUGUUGUUCCCAUGUUUCAUGAGUUGAAAUAAAACAUGUUUCGGAGGAAGCAUGACUCGACUAUCUCCUCUCCCGAGCCCGUUGCGGAGUUGCAGCGAUGAGACAAGAUCAUAAUUGAAAUUGAGAGAAAAAGGGGGUAAAAAUAAAUAAAAAUACACAUGUGCAUCUUGUGCUGGGGACAAUAAAAGGCCACUAAAAUGUGCAGUUUUGUCACACAACAAAAUGCCACAGAUGUCUCAAGUUUUGAGGGAGCGUGUAAUUGGCAUGCUGACUGCAGGAAUGUCCACCAGAGCUGUUGCCAUUGAAUGUUAAUUUCUCUCCCGUAAGCUGCCUCUGUUGUUUUUGUGAAUUUAGCAGAAUGUCCUACUGGCCUCGCAACCGCAGACCACAUGUAUAGCGUCCUGUGGGCAAGCGGUUUCUGAUGUCAAUGUUGUGAACAGAGCGCCCCAUGGUGGCGGUGGGGUUAUGGUAUGGGCAGGCAUAAGCUACGGACAACAACACAAUUGCAUUUUAUUGAUGGCAAUUUGAAUACAAAAGAGAUACCGUGAAGGUAUCCGUGACCAAACAUUUGUAUUUCCUGUCAUGUGAAAUCCAUAGAUUAGGGCCUAAUGAAUUUUUCAAUUGACUAAUUUCCUUAUAUGAACCUGUAACUUUAUGAAAUUGUUGCAUUUAUAUUUUUGUUCAGUAUAUUUCAGGAUGUUGUGUAUCCCUGGAAAUAAUCUGAAUUUAUUUAAACAUUACAUUUUUUAAAACAUAUCUUGUCGAAAAAAAAGUGGUCUCUUGGCACAACUUACAGUGCC